AUGGCGGAUAAAGAGAAAAAGAAGAAGGAAAGCAUUUUUGACCUGUCAAAGUACAUUGAUAAACCCAUUCGUGUAAAGUUUCAAGGAGGGAGAGAAGCCAGUGGGGUCCUGAAGGGCUUUGAUCCGCUGUUAAACCUGGUACUGGACGGGACCAUAGAGUACAUGCGUGAUCCAGACGACCAGUUGAAGCUGACAGAGGACACGCGGCAGCUGGGGUUGGUGGUGUGCAGAGGAACUUCUGUGGUGCUCAUCUGCCCUCAGGACGGCAUGGAGGCAAUCCCCAAUCCUUUCGUACAGCAGCAGGAUGGCUGA